AUGUCACAUUCCCCCCACCAUGUCUCUCUUCGUGACCCCGGUCCGCGAAAUGGCGCCGAACGUGACCCAACGGCUUUCCUCCCAGCUGGGCAGCGAUCGCCGGGCACACGACCGGGCCUGCAAACCCUAUAG